AUGGAUUGGCGCUCGUACUUCGACGAGGGAACGGAGCAGAAAAAAAAUUCCUCCAACAGUCGCAAACCUUCAGAAGGAAUGAAUAAGUGGGGCCGAUUAUCGGUGCUUUCUACCACGCGGUGGGAGCGGCAUGUGCGGCAGGUUGUAGGUACCUACGCCCCGGAUAAGGCUCCGUAUCAGCGUUCCUCGUGCUCCCACAGGGCGCUCAUGGCGUUCUUCCUGCAUCUUGAGGGAUUUCACCCUCCUACCGGUUCAACCGAUGCAUUCCGAAAGCCCGAUGUGGUUGCCUUAGGAGAUAAGCUGGAGGACACGGAACCCGUGAGGGGACUGAUGGAGCUGGCGAUGAGAAGCUGGGGAGGCAGUCAUACUUCAGUCGCCAUCAUUGCCAACUGCGAGCCUCAAUGUGGUAACAGCCCUCGCGAUAUCUGGUUUUUGUCAAUGAGGUUGAGUCUGCAUGAGCCACCCACCCAUCUUCCGGUUCCUUAUCUUCCGUCAGAGACAAGAGACACAGGCAAACGCUACUGUUUCGUUUGCUGGUUUCUUGGGCGGAACGAGGCUUUACAUUCUCGGGCCGUUCUCCGCCAACUGGACAUGAUGGAACUAGGCACUUACAUUUUCCAUGCCGGCAAAUACCUCCCACCUGUGGAAAGAAGGAUCCUUGAGUCAGUGACUAUGAAAAUCUCGACAUGUGCAGAUAUGUGGAUUUCCUCAAAUCAUCAUUUCCCCGCAGGAAGUCGGUAUGACUCUCCAAGCAGCGGUGAGGAUCUGGAACUAGGGUCAAAGCCCUUGAAAACCACCAAAUACCCAAUCUAUCAGCAAACCAUAGCAUGUAAGACUGCCUAUAAGAAUAUCCAUCAUCGCGAGCUUCAUACCCAUGCACAACGUUUUAUGCAACAAGUGGAUCGUAGCCCGGUCAUACCCCUGGUCGAACGCCUGCUCGUCGAUCAGCGUCUUUCCUCAUCAAAGUCCCCUUCCAAGGAUGACGGUCCCCUCUGGUCCCUCUGGUCCUCUCUAGCUGCCAAUCUAACGGAAAGGCCCGUGGAAUUGGAGGCCAAAGACACGUCUCGAGACGACGACUGUCGCAUUGCGACGUGCUCGGUCGGUGUUCAACUUGUUUGCUUCACCAACGUCGCUGUCGUCGUCGUAUCCUCCUUGCAUAGACGCAGCGACGAUAGUGUACGCACCCGCGUGCGCACCGCAGUGCGCCUGCGGCAAGGCGGCAAACCAUCUCAAGCAACCAAACGUCCUGAUAGUCUUUCGACUCUAGACGGCGCAUACGCCUACAUGUUCCAGACGUUUUCCAUACUAUGGGCCCAAGCAAUAGUAUCGAUCAUUUUUUUCUCGGCAGCUCCGUUCGUUGGCAUGGUCACCGGUGAGCUUUCCCAAAGCAUCACAAGUUCCCUAGGUUCCAGAGUCCCAGAGUCCCAGUACGGAUACGUAGGCGAGGGAAGACUGAAGAGAGGUGGGCAAAGAAAAGUUCAAUUGUCAGUUCCGGCUCCCCGUGUUCGGGUCGAGCUUGAUCGAGAGCUUCGAGGCACGCUGAACAGGGCGCCCUGUUCUGGUUGGCGACCCCUUGUUGCCUCGGCCGUGUCUGGUAAUUGGGUAUUACGGCGGAGGAGAAAUCAGCCGAGCGAGUCAUCCUACAUCGACAGACUUUUCAGCACUGCAACGUCACCUGCUGGCGCCAUGCAUCGUGCUAUAGCAAAUUUUCUGCGUCAAAAAGACCCCCGAAUGCCACGGAGGAAGGUCCUGAAGUUCAUCACCGCGGAAGCAGUCUCUCUGAGGCAGGAGGCAGGCAGGUACGGAUGCUCCCCUCCUGAUUCCCUUUCCCGCAACCUUCCCGCCGUGUUUCAUCAUUUCUCCUGGGUCACCAAAGUCAACACCAGGCUGCUGGGAAUCUGGGCUCGCCCAUUCGCACAUCAAUGUCGAGCGCCAGCCUACCAGGAUCAGGUUCGCACCGACAAUCCCAACCCCGCCGACGUCGCCUCUAUUGUCUAUCGGAGAAGAGGUCCAAGAGAAGGAGGAGAUAGUCAAUUGCUGGCUACCUACGCAUUUGACGAGACCCAGACCCCCUUCGGCGGCAUCACUGAUACUCCAUCCUCAUUUUCACCACGAGCAAAUCAAGAAACAGUUCCAGGCAAGCAGGAAGGCUCUUCAGGCCCCGACGAACAAGGGCACAUGGCGGAUGCCCAUAAAGCAUGUUGGUACGAACAGUACUCCGUAACACACCAUAUGGAUACUCGAUACUCCGCACCGCUGGCUUGA